AUGGUCAUAAAUAACGUGAAAGAGAGCUCAAUUUCUACUUCGUAUAUCUGUGAAACUCCCCCUAUUCAUAAUCAUAUGAACACUAAUGUAUUUAGUGUUUACGAUGCAUCGACAGGAUCAAUAACAACUAAAAAUCCAAUUCUUGUUGAAAUCGACACAAGCAAACCUGGACGAUAUAGUCCGAGUCCACUUAUUUUUACAACUGCUAAAAUUCAUACUGACAGCAAAACAAAACUAAUGGAACCAGUACAAGUUACACCCGUACCGAUACUAUCAACAAUUGAAGGUAAUUUAGUAAAAGCUGGAAUUGCUAGCAACGCUGACUCAAAAGCUAUUCCAUUAUCUAAAAUCUCUUCUGAAGGUGCGAAGGCUUUAUCUGGAAAACCAGAAAUUAAUUUAGUAUCAACUUGCAAAGAUAAAUCAUUAUUACCGACAGUGGCACUUUUUUUUUCAAAUGAAAAAAUUAAAAGUGAACCUUACACCACAAAUUCUCUAGAUUCUGCGAAUUUACCCCAUGAAGGUGAAAAACUUUGCAAUUUCCGGGAUACAACCGGUAAACCUAAAUUGGCAAAUAAUGAUACUAUGACUUUGAAAGGACAACCUGUUAAGGAACUUUCUACUACUGAAAACAAUUUUUCUACAACCGAUAAAGUCAAGAAAUCAACAGAAAUUUCGAAAAGGGCUGCUUGUAGUAAAAAUACAUUAGAAAAAGAUAGUUUGAUAGAAAAAUCAAACGAAAGAUUUCCUGAUCCUGACAAUAUUGACAGUAAAAUAUCGCCCGUGGACUUUAAAAAUCAAGAAAAUAUGCAUAAAAUAAAUAUAAAAUCACCAGAUGGACCGAAAUCGCAUUUGAUUUCAAAGGAUAAAGUUAAUAUAAACGCUUCUGUGAAUGGUAACAAAAAAUUGCAACGUCAAAAAAAUGCUUUAACAGAAGCCAUUAAUGAUUCUGUAAAUAACAUUUCAAAACCAAAUACGCAAAUUUAUGGGAACGAAGCCGAAAAGAAUAUCAGUACAAAAUCUGACAAAGUUACCUUACCUAAAGUUGAUUCUAAAAUUGACUUUGCUGCUCACGUUACCCUCCCGAUAGAUUCAAAGUUUUCUACUAUAAACACAUCUACAGCAAAUCAAGCAAAGGGCGUAUGCGUUACGACUCUACCGCCGACAGAAAAGAAGCCUUCACAGAGUACAAUAUCAGCUUCGACAUCUAAAGUAAAAUCUAUUACAGAAAAGGUAAAUUUAAAUCCCAUAAGUAUUCCUAAAUCUGCGAGUAAACCUUCAACACCUCAAACUAAUGUUAAUGAAACUAAAGUAUCAACAACUUCACCGAUAAAUCUCACUUCCACUGGUCCAUUAAUAAACAGCAAAUCGACUGCCAUUCCCGUAAGUGUAAAACCGGUUGUUUUAUCAUCUUCGUCUUGUUCUUCGCAGUCUGUUAAGACAGAUUCAUCAUUGAAAUGUACUGUAACAAAAGUUAAUACAACCUUGCCCUCGUAUAUUGUAUCCACAACUAAAACUAAAAUAGGUUCUACAUUUACUUCUGGUACCCCAGCAAUAACAUCAAACCCCCAAAUACAGAAACUACCAAUCAGUGUUAAUACUAAUAGUGCACAAGUCAAAUCAUUUUCAGCAUCGGCUGCUAAAUCCUUACCAUCUACAUCAGCUACAAAUGGUACUAAGCAUACAAAUGUUUCUAAACAAACGAAAUCAAAACCGGAUACUAUUAAAAAAGAUAGAGCUUAA